ACAAAAGAUUUUCUUGAGAAAGAAGUCAGUCGAAAACAGAACUUAUAAAGUUAUAAUAGAACUCGGGAAAAGCUUAACUCCGGAAGAGCAUCAACAUUUAACGGGAAGAGAAAGCGUUACAGUUGUUGUUACAGUCAUUACCAAAAAUGUCUCGUAGAUAUGAUAGCCGUACCACAAUUUUUUCCCCUGAAGGCCGUCUCUAUCAGGUUGAGUAUGCAAUGGAGGCCAUUGGAAAUGCCGGUAGUGCGAUCGGCAUAUUAUCAAAAGAUGGAGUUGUCCUAGUUGGUGAGAAGAAGGUUACUUCCAAGCUCCUGCAAACCUCAACUUCCACCGAGAAGAUGUACAAGAUUGAUGACCAUGUUGCUUGUGCUGUUGCUGGAAUAAUGUCUGAUGCCAACAUUCUAAUAAACACUGCAAGGGUCCAAGCCCAACGCUAUACAUAUGCAUACCAAGAGCCAAUGCCUGUAGAGCAGCUAGUUCAAUCUCUUUGCGAUACCAAGCAAGGUUACACACAGUUUGGCGGUCUCCGCCCCUUUGGUGUUUCAUUCCUUUUUGCAGGAUGGGAUAAAAAUUAUGGCUUUCAGCUGUACAUGAGCGACCCUAGUGGAAACUAUGGUGGUUGGAAAGCUGCUUCAAUUGGUGCAAACAACCAGGCUGCACAAUCAAUCCUUAAACAGGACUAUAAGGAUGAUAUCACAAGGGAAGAAGCGGUCCAACUCGCCCUGAAGGUGCUCAGCAAAACCAUGGACAGCACCAGUCUUACUUCGGAUAAGCUUGAAUUGGCUGAGGUUUACCUUACACCUUCAGGCAAUGUGAAAUACCAAGUCUGCUCACCUGAGUCCCUGAGUAAGAAGUUGGUGAAGUUUGGAGUGACCCAACCUCCUGCUGAAUCUUCUUAAGUUAAGUUCUUCUAUGCUUAAUUGUAGCUUAAGUUUCAGAGAAGUUUGGACUAUCUUUGUAUUACUUUAUGCUUAAUCGGAAAAUGAACUUCCCGAACAAUGUGUUUGAUGAUUGGAAUGAUUAAUACUGUCAGGUGUUUAGUGAUUAUGGAUGCAGUUUAUCUUCAUCUUCCUUUUUA